AUGGCAACUUGGGCGUAUCCCCCACUGCCCACAGAGCAGCUGAAUGAUCAGGCCGAUACCGCUUUGGCUCACGAGCUGGAGUGGCUCUUGCAGUCGCUACAGGAGUCGCUAGUCUCCUUAAAGGAAGGCCUGCAAGACUGCGCCGCCCUCUUGGCCCCUCAAGAACCAGGCUCAACUCUGGUUCUAUCAUCAUUGCGAUCCGAGAGUGUCAAGGGAUUCGUCACCCGAAUCGGCACGAAGGUGGUCAAAGGAGAUAUCCAGCUCCGGCUGGCCUCGCUCCCUGCUCCACGGGGUGCCUCUAGCACCCGGCUAACUCUCUCUCAAGUCCCUGAUGCUCCAUCUUUGGUCCUCCAGCAGCUGGUUUCAGUCCGGAAUCUCGUGAAUCAAAGCUUGGACAUCGUGGAUGUGAGUACAUACACGGGCGAUCCCCUCAAUGCGGGAUUUAUCUUCAGCCAGCUGCAUCUAUUAAAAGAGACUAUCGGCGAGGCACGACAGAUGCUGAAGGGAGAUGGUAAUGAACGAGGUAACUGGUGGGAGACGAGUGCUUCAGACAAUAUGUUUGAUCCAUCGCCUCCACCUUAUCUCUCAUUCCAUCUUUCUAUUGCAGACUCUGCACUGGUUCUCUUGAUCCGUACUCUAGAAAGCAACACGCCUCACCAGGCACCAUCAGCAUUUGCCUCGGACAUUUCCCUCACCGGAUUUUCUCUAAGAGACCGGAUCUUUGGAACCCGACAACGGGCUCAUGACGAGGUAGGCGAUGUUUUUACCUGGCGGGGUGAAGAAGUCCACGUCAAGGAAAAGGUUCGGGUUGAAAGCCAGGACCCUAGCUUGAUGGCCGUCAUGGCCAAACUGACAGCAUUGGAGCAUGAGGUGAUGCGCUGGGUGAUGGCACUUCAAAUUCUGAUGAGGAACGAGGAGACAGAAAGCGAGUGA